AUGAUUUAUGAGGCUUGCCAAUCAAGCCUGGGCAUAAAGUGGUAUGCCUUAAUUCUUUCUGAAAGUUCUUCGGAACGAAUAGCCAAAAGCAUGAUUUCAUUAGAGAGCCAAAAUUUUCUAAUAAUGACGCUGCUCCAUCGUCACGAGUACCAAAAAUGGUGCUAUGUGUGCUAUGAUAGUGAAGAUCUUCCUUCAGCAAGCCUAAAUUGUGGAAGUUUCAUUAAAUGCCUGAUAUCCCUCAUGUCUGUUUGUGAUAGUCGAACGGCGGAGUAG